GUAUGCGCGUGUGUGUGUGUGUGUGUGUGUGGGCAUGUCCUUGUGAGGGUGAAACGAGGCAGCACAGCUCAACACACACCGCCACAGACAUGAAUCAUCUUCUGAAAGUUCCGCUUUUGGCCGGCCGUGCCUUCAGCAGCUCCGCCAGACAGCUGAAGAACAGAGUCCCAGAGGCCCAGAAACUCUUCCAGGAGGACAAUGGACUGCCAGUCCACCUCAAGGGUGGAACGCGUGACGUCCUGCUCUACCGGGUGACCAUGACUCUAACUAUCGCAGGAACCUGUUACUCUCUGUACUGGCUGCUCACGGCCUCCAUGCCUCAGAAGAAGGCAUAGAGAGGAAAUGAUCCCGGGCUCAGACUGUCACCUGGAGAACGAUGCUCGGCUUUCUCUACCACUAAUGUUUGCUGAUUUUUAUCACAAUCUUGUCCUUGUUUCAUCAUGGCAAUGAUGAAUAUGUAAGAACUCUAAAAAAAAAAACUUGAAUUCA